AUGGCAAAAGGAAAUAAACAUAAUAAUGAUAGUAGUAAUAAUAAUGAGAUCAGAAAAAAGCAAAAAGUAGAUAAUGGCAAUAAUGAAAAUAUAAAUAGCAAUAGUAAUAAUAGUAAUAAUUUAACAUUAUCAGAAGUUUUAAGUGAUGAAAUUACAAAAUUAAGUGAAAAAAAUUGGUUAAAGGCAGCAAAUGUCAAAUCAUUCGAUUUGGGUUUGGUUGAAAAGAUAUAUAAAGAUCAAAUUUUACAAUCAAAUUUCAAAAUUCAAAUUUUAGAGUUAUCUCACUACUUUGAACAUUAUUUAUGGCCAAAUUUUAAAUCAAAUCAAUCAUCAAAAUCAUUAAUAAUGUCAAUUAUUAUAAUGAUCAAUGAAAAAUCAAAAGAGGGUUUAAAUUCAUUCCAAUCAUUCCAUAUAGGAAGUAAUAAUAGCACCAAUGGACAAGAAGAGUCAGCAUCGUCAAUAGAAUAUUCAACAUUUAAAGAAUUUUUCGAAAGCUUUCUAUUAGUAGAGUUAUCAGAGUUAUCAGCCAACGAAUUAUCACAUUAUAUCAAGUUUUUAAUUAAUACAUUUCAAAGUGUCGAAGAUAUUCACGUUAGAAAUGAAUGCCUUAAAAUAGUUUCCUACCCAAUUUGGUUAAAUCUUUCAGAGGGACGUUUAGAUCAAGAUAUAUCUUUAUUACCAGAUUUUUUAAUAAAGAAAUUACAAUUGUUUAAAAAGAAAUAUUUAAAUUCAAAAUUAAAUCCAGUUGAAUUGAAAUAUAAAGAUUUUUUAUUAAAUUUAAUGGUACAGUUUAUUAAUACAUUGGAUAGUUUACAAAUUUUAAAGGAGUCAAAUAGUGAUGAAUUUAAAAAUUCAUUAAAUUAUUGCGAAAGAUUUUUAGAAUUAAUGAUCGAUUUAAUGACUCAAAUUACAACAAGAAGAUUUUUUUAUUCAUUAUUAGAUGACUUCCAUUUAAUCUUAAAGGUUUCACAAAGUGUUUUUAUAACUAAAAAUCCAAAGGAUUCAAAAAUUUUAAAUGGACUAUUAGGUAUAUUAAAAGUUUAUAAUAAUUUUGAUAUUGAUAAUUUUACUGGUGAAGAGAUAUCAAGUGAUCAAGCUACAGGUCUUCAUUAUCAAGCAAUUCAAGAAUUACAAAAAGUUAUAUUUAAAAACUUCCCAGAAAUUAAAGAGAUAGCACUUAGAAAUGUUUCAUUUGUUGAAAAUAAACCACAAUUUAUUUCAGUAAUUUCAAAUUUAUCUGAAGAUAGAUUAAAUGAACUUUGUUAUUUAUUAAAUUUCAAAUCAAAAGAUAAAAAAGAAAAUAAACAAUUUUUAAUUUCAUUAUUAUUAUCAAAAUUCCAAAAAAAAGAAUCAGUUGUUGAACCAGUAAAUAGAAUGUCAUUAUACCCAACAGAAAAGUUAUUAUGGGAUUCAUCAGCUAUUCCAGAUAGUAGUUAUAGAAAUGAUAGAUCUUUAGCAUUACCAAAAUUAAAUUUACAAUUUCUUUCAUUCAAUGAUUAUUUGAUGAGAAAUUUUGUAUUAGUACGUUUAGAGUCUGCUUAUGAAAUUAAACAAGAUAUUGAAGAUACAGUUAAAAGAUUAUCACCAAAAUAUAAUAUAUCAAAUAAUAAAACAACAUUUAAUGGAUGGUCAAGAAUGUCAUUACCUUUAUCAUCACCAUUCAAAAUUAUAAAUGUUUAUCAAGCAAAUAUUGGUGAAGAUAAACCAAAAAAAGUUAAUGGUGUUAUAAAUGUAAGCUUACAUUCAUGUAAGGAAUAUAUUAAAGAAGAGUGGUUAUCAGUUAAGGAACAUGAUGUAUUAUUUUUAGUUACAAUUCAACCAGAAGGUGAUGAUAAUACAACUGAUUUUGUAAAGAAAUAUGGCAUCAAACAUGUUAGAGGUUGUGAGGUAGUUGAAAUUAUUGGUGAGGAUAAUAAUACAAAUAGUAAUUCAAGAGCAUUUAAAGUUUCAUUAGAUACAAAUCAAUAUCAAGAAGAUUUAGAAAAUAAUAAUUUAAAACUUUAUGACAGUUUCAAUAUAGUGUUAAGAAGAAAUCCAAAAGAGAAUAAUUUUAAAUCAGUUUUGGAUACAAUUAUUUCAUUAUUAAAUUCAAAAAGCUAUUUCCCCGAUUGGUUAAAUUCAAUUUUUAUGGGUUACCCAAGUGAUCAACAAAAACAACAAGAGCAAGAGCAAUUAGAAGAAGAAAUAUCAUUUAACGAUACAUUUUUAAAUUUAGAUCAUUUAAAAAAUACUUACCAAGACAAAAAGAUAGAAUUAACCGAAAACUGUAAAUUAAUGUGUUCAAAGAGCCAAGACAGCGAUCUAUUAUAUAAGAUUAAGUUUAAUAAUGAAGGUGAUUCAGACUCAAUUUUGGUAGAUACUUAUAAAAAUAAAACAAAUAAAGUUAUAAACUCAAGCGAUGAAGUGGUCAAUAGAAAUAAAAUUGAAUUUACACCAACUCAAAUCUCUGCAAUUAAAUCUGGCGUUCUCGAAAAUAAAUUAACAUUAAUUGUAGGUCCACCAGGUACCGGUAAAACUGAUAUAGCUGUUCAAAUUAUCUCAAACAUAUAUCACAAUUCACCAAAUCAAAGAACCCUAAUUAUCACCCAUUCCAAUCAAGCACUUAAUCAACUAUUUGAAAAGAUUUACAAUUUAGAUAUAAAUGAACGUUAUUUACUUCGUUUGGGUCAUGGUCAAAAACAAUUGCAAACAUCUAAAGAUUUCACCAAAGGUGGUAGAAUUGAUUUUUGGUUAAAUCUCCGUAUUAGUCAAUUGGAAAAGGUUGAUCAGUUAGCCAAGAGUAUUGAUGUAGCCGAUGAUGUUUCUUAUACCUGCGAUACUGCUCUUCAAUUCUUCUCAUUCCACGUUUUAUCAAAAUGGGAGAAAUUCCAACACGAUCUCGAAAAGUUACAAAAAGAAUCAAACAACAAUGAUAAUUCAGCUGCACAAAUUAAAUAUAUAAUCGAAAAUUAUCCAUUUGGUAAAUUCUUUUUAGAUAACUCAAUUGCAAAGGAAUUGUUCUCUACCGAUAAAUCAUUACAAGAAAAUCAAGAAAUCUUAAAAGAGCUUUGGUUGUAUAUUGAAAAUAUUUUUAAAGAGUUGGAAGAGUGCAAAGUAUUCGAAUUAUUAAAAUCAUCAAAUGAUCGUUACAAUUAUCUUUUGUUAAAGCAAUCAAAGAUUGUCGCAAUGACAUGCACAUAUGCUUCGUUGAAAAGAAAUGAACUUAUUAAAUUGGGUUUCAAGUUUGAUAAUCUUUUAAUGGAAGAGUCGGCUCAAAUUAGUGAUAUCGAGUCCUUUAUACCGUUACAGCUUCAAAACGAUAGACCAGAACAGCAAUCAAAUCAACAAAUGGAUGAUGGUGAAGAAGCAGCAGAAAUCAUUGAACAAUUUAGAUUAAAAAGAGUAAUUUUAAUUGGUGAUCAUAAUCAAUUACCACCAAUUGUUAAAAAUCAAUCACUAUCAAAGUUCUCUCAUUUUGACCAAUCAUUAUUCACUCGUUUUAUUCGUCUCGAAAUUCCUCACAUCAUUUUAGAUAGACAAGCACGUUCAAGACCAUCAAUCUCAGAGUUAUUUAGAUGGCGUUAUAAAGGUUUACAAGAUCUCGACAUUGUUAAAACUAACGAUUACUUUAAACACGCAAACGGUGGUUUCGCUUAUGACUAUCAAUUGAUUAACGUCGAAGAAAGCGAUGGUUUUGGUAAUGGUGAGACUGAACCAACACCACAUUACUAUCAAAAUCUUGGUGAAGCUGAAUAUAUUGUAGCGACCUAUCAAUUUAUGAGGGCUAUUGGAUACCCAAGCGAUAAAAUUACAGUACUUACCACUUAUAAUGGUCAAAAGCAAUUACUCCGUGAGGUGUUCCAAGCUAAAUGUAAAUCAAACUAUGGUAUGCCACACAAAAUUACCACCAUCGAUAAAUAUCAAGGUCAACAAAAUGAUAUUAUAUUGCUUUCACUCGUUAGAACUAAAUCAUAUGGUCACCUUAGGGAUCCACGUCGUUUAAUUGUUGCAAUGUCCAGAGCUAGAUUGGGUUUAUAUGUAUUUUGUAAAAAACAAUUUUGGAGAAAUUGUUACGAAACCUCUUUAGUUUUCUCUAAACUCUUAAAAAGACCAGAUAAAUUAGUAAUAUUAAAAUCAGAACUCUACGACACAAAACGUUUAAUUAACUCGGAAUUAAAUCAAGAUGAUUGCUUUGAAGUUCAAAAUUCUUUCCAUAUGAAAUCAAUUGUCGAAUCAAAUUAA